AUGGCUCGUGGACUCGGGAAAGCUCGCGAAUAUGAUUACUCCAACGUCGGAACCGCAGGAAGGCGCACUGGACUUACCCUGAAAGAGGGCCGACGCGACGAACAUGGAAUGGAAGAAGUCGAUGGAUUGUUCUCAUCUCCCGAGAAAUCGCCCGAUAAGGUGAAUGGCUUCGAAGACGAUGAUGAAGAUUCUAUUGGCUCUGAUAUGUCUAUCGAGGAUGAUAAUGCGCCGGGCCCUAUGCACUUUCUCAAUGCCUCCAAUCGUUCGCAAAAUUUACCACCACCGUCGCAAUCGCCAGUCAAAGGCUCUUUCCGAAAUGUUCGGAGGUCUCCAGUAGAGCAAUCCUCCCCAGAGCCUGAGCAAGACUUUUCCAGUCCUUCCGAGGGCAGAAGUCUACUCGCUACAAACGGCAAUCUACGAGGAGACCCAUCUCCUCUGAGCGCCCGCUCGGUCAACGCUGGCCCAAAGAAGGGAAAGAACAACUCGCAGAAAGCCAGGGCGCUGCCCGAAACAACUGAAUUUUCCGACGAAGAAAAUGACGAAAAUCCAUCAUUUGCCAUCCAAGAUGAUGUUGAGAACAGCUUUGACCAUGGCAACGACACUGUGAUCCAGGACGAGAUCCCAGAACCCAUCGAGGAAGAUUUGGACGACUCGGACAGCGACCGCGCAGACGCCCCAGAAGAACCACGACAAGCCGAAAAAGCAACCAAAUUGACGAAGAAGGGACCUGCGGCCAAAACUACCAACGGCAAAGGCAAAUCGGCCGCUGGUCGGCCAGGUCGACCGCCAAAGGCUGCUCGCGCUGCUGACGAAGAAACCUCCGAGGCCAGACCGGCCAAGAAACAGAAAGUAUCGAAGGAAGCUCAACCACAAGAACCCCUGGACCCGGAAUUGGACCGAGUUGUGGAGAAUUACUCCCAACGUUCGGGUCCCUUGAAGGGCCGCAGUCUAUAUAUCCUAAAGCGCGAGAACCCAACCGAGGAUGUCUCCACCCACACUCGCUCAGGGCGAGUCUCUGUCAGGCCUCUUGCAUACUGGCGCAAUGAACGCUGUGUGUACGGCGAUGGAGAAGCCGCAGAGGGCCAGCGGUACCCACUCUCUACUAUCAAGGAAAUCAUCCGCACUGAAGAGCAAGAACCGGAGAAUAAGGGCAAAGGCAAGCGUGGUAAAAAGUCCAAGUCAAGCAAGUCUAAAAAACGAAAGGAAGACUUUUCAGACGAAGAAGACGAAAAUAUGGACGAAUGGGAGACGCAGGGCGGUAUUCUCCAUGGCAUUGUACCGAAAUGGGAUCCGAUUGGAGGCACCACAGAAGAAGUCACAGACACUAUUGCUUACGCCCCCUCUGGUAUCCAAACGAAGGGCGUCAAAGGAUCUACGUUCAAAUUUGCCAAAUUACUCAGCUCUUCCUUCAUUGGAUCGGGUGUUCUUGACCUGCCACCAGACAGUUUAAAGAAACCCAAAAAUUCGAAAAAGAUGCACAUGGUAUUUUACGUCUGCAAUGGUCGUGUCCAAGUGGACAUUUCUGGAGUCCAGUUCAGCGCAGGCAAAGGCUGUGUUUUCCAGGUCCCCCGAGGCAACGUUUACAGCUUUCAGAAUCCCUAUGAGAAAGAUGUAAGACUCUUCUUCACACAGGGUUGUGUCCCUGAUGAGGAUUCCGAGGAGGACUCUGGAACUACAUCCCAAGCCGUUGAGCAAGGCAACUCCGAUGGCGAAACCGAAGCCGAAGCCGGCCCAUCUAAGCCCAAAGCCAAGCCUGCAGCCGCUCGAGGUCGCAAGGGUAAGCAGAAAGCUGGGAAAUAA